AUGGCGCCCAGUUUCGAUCAUUUACCAGACCCAGAGGAGGAGGAUUACGAUGAGGAUGAGGAACUUGAUUUCUCCGAUCUACGAGACCGCUUCGAAGUCCAACUUGAGCAAGGAUUAGACACAUUUGUGGUUAUCGAUGGUCUACCAGUAGUCACAGAGGAAACAAGACCGAAGUUGAUCAAGUUCUUGUUGAGAAAAUUGAACGCUGUAGGCACGACUAAGGACGAUUCUAUACACAUGCCAAUCGGGGAUGAUGGCAAAUCGCACCAAUUCGCAUUCGUUGAAUAUACAACUCCUGCUGAGGCUGUCGCCGCUUGCAAGGCUCUAGACCAAGUUCAGCUCGACAAGAAGCAUCAACUGCGAGUCAACAAACUUACCGACAUUGACCGAUUUGGCAAAGAAGGGCGCAUCGAUGAACACUACACCCCUCCUAAAAUUGAUGAGUUCACCGAGAAGGAGCAUUUGAAGGCAUUCAUUGCGGAUCCAAGCGGACGAGGCAGAGAUCAGUUUGUCAUGUACAAGGACGACCGGGUACAAGUUAUGUGGAAUAACGAGAAAGAUCCCCCAGAGACCAUCGUAGAUCGAGCACACUGGACCGAAUCUUUUGUACAAUGGUCGCCACAAGGUACAUAUUUGACCUCGAUGCAUCAGCAGGGUGUUCAACUGUGGGGAGGAGCAUCUUGGACUAGACAAAAGAGAUUCGCACAUCCAUUCGUCAAUUUGGUAGACUUUUCGCCUGGAGAGAAGUAUCUUACCACCUGGUCAAAUCGCCCGAUUUCAAUUCCCGAGGAAGGGCAUCCAGCGCUGACUGUCGAAGACGAUGGCAAGAAUUAUGUUAUCUGGGACAUUGAGACCGGAAAGGCGCUCCGUUCUUUCGCCAAUAUCGAACUCCCAAGUAACUCCACCGACGAGAUGGGCCAGCCCAUCAAGAGAAAGAUCACUUGGCCAGCUUUCAAGUGGUCUGCUGAUGACCAGUAUGUUGCUCGAUUAACACAAGGCACAUCUAUCUCCGUUUACGAACUGCCAAAAAUGGGACUUCUUGAUAAAACCACAAUCAAAAUCGAAGGCGUCAUGGAUUUCGACUGGGCUCCUGCAACACCUCGCCGAGAAGGUGUUAAAACCUACGAGCAACUUUUCUGCUAUUGGACCCCUGAAAUUGGUAGCAACCCCGCCAAGGUUGGUCUGAUGAGUAUUCCUUCAAAAGAAGUCGUUAGAACACUCAACCUCUUCAGUGUGACUGAUGCUAAACUUCACUGGCAAUCCGAUGCAUCAUAUCUAUGCGUAAAGGUUGACCGACACUCCAAGUCAAAGAAGUCUCUUGCAACAAGUUUGGAAAUUUUCCGUGUCAAAGAGAAGGGUGUACCAGUUGAGGUUGUUGACUCGAUCAAGGAUACCGUCAUUAACUUCGCGUGGGAACCGAAGGGUGACAGAUUUGUUAUCAUCACAACAGCGGAAGUUGUCGCGCCAUCUGCUGUACCCCCAAAGACUUCGGUUAGCUUCUACUGCCCAGAGAAGGUCAAGGGUAAUGGUGUCGGAAACUUCAAGCACAUCAGAACAUACGACAAAAAGAAUAGCAAUGCCAUCUACUGGUCACCAAAGGGUCGCUUUGUCAUUGUCGCCACUGUUCACUCACAACAAAGUUUCGACAUGGAUUUCUACGACAUGGACUUUGAGGGAGAGAAGGCCGAGAAUGAGAAGGACUUGACCGCGAACCUGCAACUCAUGGCUACUGCUGACCAUUACGGUGUCACUGAUAUUGACUGGGAUCCAACUGGAAGAUAUGUCGCUACUAGUGCCAGUAUCUGGAAACACACCAUGGAAAAUGGUUACCACUUGUACGACUUCAAGGGUGAACAACUCCGUGAAGAGCCGGUCGAGAAGUUCAAGCAAUGGCUCUGGCGCCCACGUCCAGCCACCCUCCUCAGCAAGGAAGAACAAAAGACCAUCCGCAAGAACCUCCGUGAAUACAGCAAAGUCUUUGACCAAGAAGAUGCUGAUCGUGGUGCAUCUGCUGAUCUCGCCGUCGUCGAGGAGAGACGCAGACUCUUGGACGAAUGGCUCGCCUGGAGAUCGAGAGUCGAACAGGAUGUCCGUGAAGAACGUGAAGCUAGAGGCUUACCUGCGGAUCCUAUCGCCGGCCUCAUCAAAGAAACUGAUGAGAGCGAGAACCAAGUCAUCGAGGAGAUCGUUGAGGAGAUUGUCGAGGAGACGGAGGAGAUUAUGCCUUGA